AACCUGAAUGAAGAAAUAAAUAAAUACUGAGGGCUGUAGGAAAGAGAAAAGCCUGAGGGGCUGUGGGAGAACAGCAUUGACAUCUAGAGGCCGAUACAUUGGGUCUUUCUGUGGGUGUUUCCACCUACUCCUUAGGGUGGGAGCAGGGAGGGUUUCACUUGCCAGAAGGGGAUUUCGAACAGCAGUUUCCCAUCGCUGCUAACCGAGAUGCUUCGUCAUUCCGGGAUGGAAUCUAUCUGACACGGGUGUCUGUGGGUGAUUUACAAUCUAUGGCGGCCUCCCCCUCCCGCUGACUGGAUGCGUAGAAUGGUAUGUGCCAGUGGCUGCUCUCAUGCCUCCCUUGCUGGGGUUCCCUGUGUAACUCGAUGCAUGCUGCUCAGUCUCCCGCUAUAUUGUCCUCUCUUGUUUAUGAAAGCCUCCACCCACCGGCCCACCCUAGGUUCAGCAGAUCAUGUGAUCCCGAACUGACUCCUUGGAAAGCAGAAUGUUAAUGCUGGACGGGAUGCCAGCAGUAAGAGUUAAAACAGAGCUCUUGGAAUCUGAGCAAAGGUCACCAAAGGUCCACACUUACCCCAAUAUGGAAGCUGUUCCUCUCUUACUCAACAGUGUGAAGGCUGAGCCUCCCGAGGACUUGUUAUCAACUGAUCAUUUUCAAACACAGACAGAACCAGUAGACCUUUCAAUAAACAAAGCUAGAACGUCACCGAGAGGUGUUUCCUCAUCUCCAGUUUCUAUUACAACCUCAGCAGCAUCACCUUCUUCUAACUCUUCAUCUAGCCGUCCAGCAUCAUCUCCAACAGUGAUAACCCCUGUACCUUCAUCGGCAUCUGUGCCAACAGUAUUAACUCCCGGACCUCUUGUGGCAUCAGCAUCUGCUAUUGGAGGUCAACAAUUUUUGCACAUUAUUCACUCUGUUCCUCCUACAAGUCCUCUGAACUUACAGUCCAACAAAAUUGUGCACCGUAUCCCAGUUGUGGUGCAGUCAGUCCCGGUAGUUUAUACUGCUGUAAGAUCACCAGGGAAUAUGAAUUCUACUAUUGUAGUACCUCUAUUGGAAGAUGGAAGAGGUCACCUUAAAGCACAUAUGGAUUCUCGAGAGCUCUCGCCAAGACUUGUAAAAAGUGACAGUGAUGAUGACGACCUGCCAAAUGUGACCUUAGACAGUGUUAAUGAAACAGGAUCCACAGCUCUAUCCAUAGCAAGGGCAGUACAAGAUUCCGUCUCACCAUUCAGUAUUGAGAGCACAAGACGUCAGAGGAGGUCAGAAUCCCCAGACUCAAGAAGACGGAGAAUACACAGGUGUGAUUUUGAAGGUUGCAACAAGGUCUACACAAAAAGCUCUCACCUGAAGGCUCACAGAAGAACCCAUACAGGAGAAAAGCCCUACAUGUGUACCUGGGAAGGAUGUACCUGGAAGUUUGCACGUUCAGAUGAACUGACGCGGCAUUUCCGAAAACACACAGGGGUGAAGCCAUUUAAAUGUGCAGACUGUGACCGCAGCUUUUCCCGUUCAGAUCACCUGGCAUUGCACCGCCGAAGACAUAUGCUGGUUUGAGUCUGCCAUCAGGCAAGGAGUUACAAAGAGCUGGGUCUCUUAUGUUUCAUGACUUCAGCAGGACUGAAUGUCAUCCACAGUGUUACAAAAGCGAGAUUUACCACCAUAUCCAAAGUGAAAGGAUGGACAGUGACGGACGUGCCGUGCUCAUUACUAAAUAUACCCCGAAGCAUGGAAACUACAUGAAAUAUCAAUACCUCACACCACGAGAUAGAAAGCAACUGUAUCAUUCGGCGGCACUGAAGCACUGGUUUUCCCUUGCAGUUUUUCCAUUUCCCUUAAACAGAGGGUUUUGCAUAAAUGAUCUUAGGAUUGUUUUCUUGA